AUGUCGGCCACCAUGGAUAAUUAUCAGAAAAUUGAGAAAAUUGGCGAAGGCACCUACGGUGUGGUCUACAAGGCCCGUGAACUCAGCCAUCCCAAUCGUAUCGUUGCCCUGAAGAAGAUUCGCCUCGAAGCCGAAGAUGAGGGUGUCCCUAGCACUGCAAUCCGCGAGAUUUCCCUCCUUAAGGAGAUGAAGGACCCCAAUAUUGUCCAGCUGUUUAACAUUGUCCACGCCGAUGGUCACAAGCUCUACCUUGUCUUCGAAUUCCUCGAUUGCGAUCUUAAGAAAUACAUGGAGGCUCUGCCUGUUAGUGACGGUGGCCGAGGGAAGCCUUUGCCCGAUGGAUUGGGAGGUGUCACCCUGGGGCUGGGCGAUGCAAUGGUCAAGAAAUUCAUGGCCCAGCUUGUUGAGGGUAUCCGAUACUGCCAUAGCCACCGAAUUCUGCACCGUGACCUGAAGCCCCAGAACUUGUUGAUUAACCGUGAAGGCAACCUAAAGUUGGCCGAUUUCGGUCUUGCCAGAGCGUUCGGUGUUCCCCUUCGCACCUACACCCACGAGGUUGUCACAUUGUGGUACCGUUCUCCAGAGAUUCUGCUGGGUGGACGUCAGUACUCCACGGGUGUUGAUAUGUGGUCGGUGGGCGCCAUUUUCGCCGAGAUGUGCACACGCAAGCCUCUCUUCCCCGGUGACUCUGAAAUUGACGAGAUCUUCAAGAUCUUCCGCAUCCUUGGUACCCCCGGUGAAGACAUCUGGCCCGGUGUGACCUCGUUCCCCGACUAUAAAUCCACUUUCCCAAAGUGGAAGCGCCCUGAUGUUGAGAUUGUUCCCGGGCUGGAGGAGGCUGGAUGUCAACUCUUGGAGUCUCUGCUCGAGUUUGACCCUGCACACCGAUUGUCGGCCAAGCAGGCCUGCCUCCACCCGUACUUCCGUCACGGCACCGCACACUACUCCGGACGUGGCCCAAGUAACGGCUACCAAUAG